UCAAGGGUCACCAUUGUUGUAGCUGAUAAUUAAAACGUAACUAUGACGUCGACAUUUGUCAGAGAACUGAAGCGUGUGAUUGAUGUGGAUUGUGACAAAUAAUGACCGACUCCCGUCGAUCCAGGUAUUACCAAUGCUACACAGUCCGCGACGUCAAGGAAAGUGUAAUAAUAGCACGACUAACUGAGAAUCAAAAUAAUAUAAGAUCUCUAAAAUAGGAAUUAAUCUUUUAUUAGCAUCAAGAUAACCUCAAUAACGUCAAAUGUACUUACCAAUAUGCAUACUUUUUUACCUGUUCCAUAUUUGCUCUGCUCAACGAUCGGUAGCUGAUGUAAUGACCCGGAUUUUUCAUAACCCAUUUCGUGUGAGGAUAGUACCAAGAGUUCCAGGACCACCCCCGUCAAUGUCAAGGACACAAUCCCAUUCUCCCCUACCUCGGGGGCCAUCCCAAUCAAUGUCAAGGAGGACACAACCCCAUUCUCCCUUCAAUCGGGGGCCACCUUCUCCACCAUCGCCGUGUCCGGGUGGUUGUGACGAGGGAUACGUGUGUUAUGGCGGUGGAUGUCAAAGAAUGGGGGCCUCCCUUUGUAAUCCAAUCUGUAAAGAAAGUCAGACUUGUCACCAUGGCCACUGUCAUUUUGAGCCCUGCAGGCCUGCUUGUGGAAAUGAUCAACGAUGCAUAAAUGGAAAAUGUGAAGACAAGCCAUGUGAGUAUUUUGAACUUACUCAGCUACUAAUAUUAUCGAAGCCAUUUUCUGUUAAGCCUAGAUGCAGGAACGGAGAAGUUUGCAACAAAGGAAUAUGCCAAAGAGUCGGGAAUUCUCAGUGUAGUCCCUCGUGUCCCCCCGGCUACGUGUGCCACUGUGACAGUCCUGGGGAUUGUCACUGCGAUGUUCUCAACGCUAGGCCACAUCCAACCUGUGAUAGACCGUGUCCGCCAAACUCCCGAUGUAUAGAUGGUCAUUGUACUGGAAUAGCCCUAACUGUUGGUGCCGUAAAUCCGAACGAUGUUCGCCCAGUUAAUCCUGUACAGUCGCUACCAAAUAUGCCUUUCUCGCAGACGGGUCCAUUAUCUCCUCUUGGUCCAAAUUCAGAGGCUUCGUCAAUGAUACCUGUUGUUCCAAAUAACAGACCAAUAUCGCCCAUCAAUAGGAAUUCACAGACUGGACCUUUUUCAUCUUUGAUUCCAAACAGUCGAACAAAUACAAAUAUUGACCCUAACUCCAGAUGGACCGUCAGAGAUUCUUCUGGUUCCAGGGUGCCGUGGGCGAGACACCCACCGAUCAUAAUAACGCCUGGUUCCUCCUCUGACCUCUCACCAAUCCCAGGUUCCUCUGGGCCUAUUGAUCUUAACCCUAUUCCAAACACAGAGCUGUUUCCAAUGACUGAUAAUAUACCAGCAGCGGUACCGCAAACUCCAUCACGUGGUUUGUUUGGAACUUCCGCUUUGAGUGGUACAUCAGCAUCUGGCACAGGGAUGAGUCUUCCACCACUUAGUGAUUUACAACCCGGGGGUGGGGUCCCUCCUACACAGAACAGACCCGCACAGCCGGUGAUUCCUCAACAACCCAUUCCACAAGGACCUGGGGGGCCCGGGCCGGAUAUAAUCCGUAUUCCUGACAUUGCAGAGGUUUGUCAGGGUAAUAACUGUGUCGGGGCGCCACUUGGACCUGGGUCAAACGUUGGACUUAAUCAAAGACCAGAGGUUCCACAAAAUACAGCAGGAAGAGGGGAUAACUGUGGACAGCUAACGUGCUUUGAGAAUGAGUUUUGCUUUGACGCAUUAACUUCUACUUGCAUGGGUGUUAAUACAGGGGAUGCAAGAAUACCGUGAAAUCUCACAAA